AUGAAUAUCGAACGAUUUCUUUGUUGGUUUAAUUCAACUGGUGUCAAUACAGAAAAUGUAAAUGUUUCUUAUUCAAAUAAUUUUGGUUUUGGUCUUUAUUCUUGUCGAAGAUUAAUUGAAAAAGAUUAUUUAAUUCUUUCAAUACCUGAACAUAUUUUUAUUAAACCAUCAUUUAAAAAUAAUAAUUUAACAGGUUUUGAACAUUUAAUUUUUUAUUUAUUAGAAGAAAAAACAAAUCCAUAUAUUGAAUUUCUUCGAUCAAUUGAAUCUAUUCCAAAAUGGUUUUAUUUUAUAAAUGAUAAAUAUCCUAAACAAUUAAUUAAUAAAAUGAAAAAACAUUUAAAUAAAUAUAAUCAAUCACGAAAUAAAUUUCAAAAUUAUACAGAAAAAGAUUUUCAAUGGGCUUAUUAUACAAUAAAUACACGAUGUGUUUAUUUUGAUAUGAAAAUUUCAUCAAAAGAUCAAGAUGAUAAUCUUUGUCUUAUUCCAUAUUUAGAUUUUGUUAAUCAUUCAAUUGAACCAAAUACCAUAUCAAAAUAUAAUUCUUUAACUCGUUCAUAUGAAAUUCAUACAAUAAAAUCAAUAAAUUUAAAUGAACAAAUAACAUUUCUUUAUAAUCCUCAUUCAAAUAUAGAUUUAUUUAUUGAAUAUGGUUUUGUUCUAUCAUUUAAUCCUUAUAAUCAAUUAAAUAUUGAAUAUGAAAUUGAACAAUUACUUUCUAAUGAACAAAUUCAAUUAAUUAAAUCAUUUAAUUAUUUCAAUUCAUUAGAAUUAUAUUCAGGUGAUAAUGAUAUAUCAUGGACAAUUAUUAAAAUUAUUGAAUUAUCUUAUAAUCAAUAUAAUUGGUCACCAUAUGAUGAUCCACCAUACAAACAUAAUUAUUUAUUAAAUCAAAAAAUAAAACAAUUUUUAAUAAUUAUUAAACAAAAUAUAGAAAAUGAUUUUCAACAAUGGACAACAAAUCAUUUUAAUUUAGAGAAAAAUAUUCUUUAUAACGAUUUUUUGACAAUUAUUAAUGAUACAUAUAAUCGUAUUUAA